AUGAAAAUCCGCUCGGAGCUGGAACGGCAACUUUCAAUGGGCAACGAACAUACCAACAAGGCACAGCGGCUUGAGUACAAGAAGAGCCUGGCCGCGCGGCUGGACGUCGGAUGCUACUUGGUGCUGAUCUUGCUGUACCUUGCGGACGAGAACAUCCUUGUUCUCCUUUUUCGAGGGUUCCAGCAGUUCAUGCUGGGCCACCCGCCAAGCAGCAUGGAGGUCGGCGGCAUGCUGACGCUGUCGAUCCAGCGCGUGCUAGCGCAGAAGGUACUUUUGCUGGGCAUCGGGUUCAAUAUGGUGGCGAUUGCAGUGCACGUUGUGUUCUCUGCAAGAGACGGGCUCGGCGACAGUGUCUCUUACGGGGCGUACAUUUUGAACAUCAUUGGCGAGCUGCAGUUCCGCUCGUGGCCGCGCAAACUCGCGUACCUGCUCAUGUGGGACGCCGUGUUGUGCCUGAUGCAGUUCGCCCUGUACAGUCUCAACUUUGUCAAGGAGGGCCAGUGCGACGCGGACGACGACGAGACGGUGGCGUCGAUCGACGUGGUCAAGAUCGUGAAGCACGUGAAGCUGUUUGAGCGCACAGAAACACCAGCACCGUCGCUGUCGGAGAUGAUGCCCGGAAUAGGAGUCUAG